AUGCCACAAUUUAUAUAUUGGUUUCUAUUUGCUCUUCAUCAAUAUCUAUUGAUAUUUGCAUUUAGUGGUCUAAGAGUUUUAUUACAUCUAUGGAGAUUUUGUUUAGAAUCAAAGUCAAAGAUAUUCAACAGAGUACCAGUAGAAGAUAGAAAAAGAGUAGUUAUUGUAGGAGGAGGAUUUUCUGGGAGUAUGGUUGCACAGAAAUUAGAGAAUGAUUUUCAAGUUACAUUAAUCGAUACCAAAGAUUACUUUGAAUUCACUCCAAGUAUAUUGAGAACUAUUGUCGAACCACAACACAUAAAGUCCAUUCAAGUAUUACAUUCUCACUAUCUCAAACAUACCAAUGUCAUUCAAAAGGAAUGUAGAGCUGUUGGCGCAAGAGAAGUAAUUCUUGACGACCGUUCAGUACCAUUUGACUAUUUGGUAAUCAAUUCUGGCAGUAGUUACAACUCACCAUUCAAAGAAUCGAGUGUAGUACUAUCGGCACGUGCCAACACGUUGCGUGAAAACUACUAUCACAUUCGUAAACUCAGAAAGAUACUCAUCAUUGGUGGAGGUAUCGUUGGAGUCGAGUUGGCUGCCGAGAUUGUUAGUUCCUUCCCAGACAAGGAGGUUAUCAUCGUACAUUCUCAGGCCAAACUCAUGAACAGAUUCCCCAAAAAGGCUAUCAAGGAUGCAGAGGAUUAUCUCUGCAAGCAUGGCGUAAGAAUCAUCCACAAUGAACGUGUCAUUGCUCACAAGGGCAGCAUUUUUGUAACAGAUCAAGGUAGUGAAAUCAUUGCCGAUCAAGCAUUCCUUUGCACUGGUAUCGUUCCAAAUUCCGACUUUGUAAGAGCAUCCUAUCCAGACGUAAUCUCAGAGUUUGGUUACAUAAAGACAAACGAACAUCUUCAAAUGGUUGGUACUACCCCGUUCCGUAAUGUAUUUGUUGCAGGAGAUGUUUUAAAUAUUCGUGAAGAGAAACUUGCUCAAUUGGCAGAGGUCACUGCAGCUAUCGUCGUUCAUAAUAUCAAGGCUCUCGAUAAUCACAAGGAACAGUCAAUGAAGAAAUAUAGAUCAUUCUCUAAACCUGUACUCAUCAGUCUUGGAAAAGACUGGGUAAUCACUGGAUUUUUGGCAGCAUUAUUAAAAGAUGUAGUAGAAUUUAAAACAAUGGUUAGAUAUUGGUAA